AUGGAGAGCGGCAUCGCACGAGCCGUCGCAUCGUCCAAGGCUCCUCACGGCAGAGUAACCCUUGCCGACGAAACCUCAAUCGAGGAGAAGAGAAGAAAGAUCGAGAGCGGCGGCGCACAGGCCGUCUCGUCGGCGGCGGCGGCUCCACGGAGCAGGGUGCCGUUGGGCGACGACGGGCGUCCGCUCGAUGGCGUGAGACGUGCCAAGCUCCUUCGCCAUCUGAGGCAUGUUGAUGGCUCUAUCUACAGAAGCAACGGUUAUUAUGCUAAAGUUUAUCGUCUCCAUGACACAAACGAGACUUGUCUGGAGCCAAUGAUGAUGACAGAGCCAUCAACCUCCUGCAUGCCUGACGACAGGGUUGUUUGCCGGACUCAUGAAUUUCGGACCAUGAUGCAGAUAUUCUACUUGAGGCUAGCUACCACUUGUUCGCAUGUUGGUAGCCCAGUUGAGUUGUAUGGAUACGUGGCUGUCAGGGAUCUGUUGAACCCUAUGCGUAAUUACAUCUUCAACCGCCCAAGGGACGAUCCUUUUGUCGUGGGGCAUGAUGGGUUUAUACAGAUGAAUGGCCCUAAAAGAGGCAUCAGAAUGGAGGCUCAUGUGCUAAUCGAGUUCGACAUGAAGAUCAAGAAAGGAGGAGAAGUUGAAGACGAUUUACAGCUCAUCGACUGUGUUGCCUCCUUCAGCCACAGAACAUCGAGGAAUGCUACAUCAAACAGAAGACGGAUCGAUUGUGAUUGUGGAGCUGUGGACAUAACCUAUGCGCUUCUGGACAGCGCGGCUGAGGCCACCGUGCAGGUCGGGAUAUCAGAGCUGGCGCCGCGGGACAACGGGUUAAGACUGAAAGCGGCAGCAUUUUACACUUCGCAGUUGAGUGGGCAGUUUGAUCUGUUUGACGGAAUGGUCACCGCCGAGGCAUCCGAGCUAAGCAGGAUUGUGGUCGCUGUGGUGAAGGGAGGCCAUUUGCUUGUAUCGUUGAUACUCAGUGAGACUGGUGGCUCGGAUCGUCGUAUUGUUCAGAAUUCCUGUACCUUCCCUGUUCAAAAGCAUGGAAACCGUGUCUCCGUUCUCAAACUUGGGCUGGCCACUAUAGAGGUGAAGGUAACCUGGUCUACUUUGGACAUUCCCCAGAGUCUUCUUCUCGGUCCAAAUUGCUUCAAGUGGGAGUAUAUGGCAGCUGAGGGGAUUGAGUAUGAUGGUGAUUAA